AAACAUCAUGCAUUUACAGCUAACUUAACGUCCUUUCUUUAAUCAGACAAAGUACCAUGGAGCUCUGUGACCAUCGGAAUCCACAAAUAUAUAACAAGUUCCAAAAUUCCAUUUCUCUCCUCCCUACAUUGACUCUUUCCCAAACAUACCCUUACUCCUCGAAACCCUAACCUCACCCAGAGACCCCAUUAAAAACCCAUUCCUCCCCAGUCCCCACUACCCCUGCAGCGAAAAGCUCGGGUUAUCCGAAAUGGAUGGGUUCGGGUCGGGGCAUCGGUACGGUGGGGGUGACAGGAGGCUCGAGGUUGUGAGUGGGAAGGGGUUCGGGUCCAACCAGGUCUACGCGACUCGGCCUGGCUCGCCCGGUGCGGCACCGGUUCCGCAAAGAGUCACUCGGACGAGUCAGACCGCGUCGAAGCCGUGGGGCUUCCACGACUCGGAGAUGAAGAGGAAGAAGAGGAUCGCAAAGUACAAGGUUUACACGGUUGAAGGUAAGGUCAAGGUUUCGCUGAGGAAUGGGCUCCGUUGGAUCAAGAACAAGUGCUCUCAGAUCGUCCGCGGGUACUAAGGUUGCAUUUCAUGAAAUGAACGAUGAAGAUUAUGCCACGUGUUGUCGGACCACCCGGUUUGCUGGUGGUGGUCCCGGACAUUUUGGUUUGAGACUUGCCAGAGAGCUGUGGGUAGAGAAUUGAGAAGCAUCAAAAACGGAUGCUUUGUCUGUUUUUAAUGAUUAUAGUUUCCUUUUUGUUGGUUUUAAGUGUUCUAUUUAUUCCAUAAUUUCCAUUCUUUUUUUAUAAUUAAGUUUUAUUACAUUCUUCUCUAUUUGGCUGUGGCUGUGAUU